AUGGAAGGUGGAGAUAUGGAUUCACUGUUUGAAGGGAUGGUGUUGUUCAACCCUACCCAAAUUGAAGACAAGAAUCACGGCGAUCAUUCUGAAGCAACAGUAUCAUCGACUUCCCAACAACCCCUUGACGAUCAUUCUGAAGCAACAGUAUCAUCGACUUCCCAACAACCCCUUGACGAAGAUAUCUUCUCUGACCUCACCCUCGUUGUCGAUCCCCCCGACACUGAUCUUCAAUCUCAAUCUUCCCACCACCACCACCACCCUUCUUUCUCCAGAAGGAGAAAACGAUCUGGCUUGAGAAUAGGUUACGGCAGAGACACCGUCGAUGUCGAUGUCGAUCCUUCUCCGCCUCUUCAUAUUUCUACUUUCCCUGCCUCGCCCCUUGAUUCCAUGUUUGUAGCUGAUGUUACUACUUCUGAUGCUGCCAAUACCCUACCAUCUAGUGCUACUGAUGUUGAUGCUGCCAAUACCCUACCAUCUAGUGCUACUGAUGUUGACGCUGAUAGUGUCAGUGUCAAUACCCAACCAUCUGGUGCUACUGAUGUUGAUGCUGUUAGUGUUAAUACCCAACCAUCUGGUGCUACUGUUAGUGUUAGUGUUAAUACCCAGCCAUCUAGUGCUACUCAAUCCACCACCCAAGUUGAAACUUUUUCCGAGGAAGGGUUCAGGCAAAUUAAGGACACAAUACAUGACAAGCUUAAUCAUGCUCGUCAACUCGUCACUUCUGCAUCUUCUGCCCGAAAGGAUGCUAUCAGGAGUAGAAGAAAGGCCCUAGAGAAUGCAAAUCUUGCUUCCCUCAAAUACAUAGAACUUGAAAAUCAAUUGGAACAAGCCUGUGAAGCUGAAGAUUUUGAAACAGCAGAAAAGGUUAGCGAAUACCUUUCUGCUGCUGAGAAGGAGAAACAAAUCUUUGCAACUUCAUUGAAACAAGCCGAUGCCUUUCUCGGUGCUUUAGAUUUGAAAUUGCAGCAUGCCCUUCAAACUCACAUAGCUGCCGAGGAAGAAUGUGCAAUCUUACUCCACCAUUAUGCAACUAAUGCUGUAAAUGAUGCAGAUUUUGCGAUGAAGAAAGCAACAUUGCUGCAUUCAAAAGAAAUGGAACAAUGGCUUUCAUCGUCAGAAGCCUUGGAGGUUAAAAGGAUGGAGUUGGAAAUUGAAUCACAUUUUAUAAGUGAAGCUCAUACAGAACUUAAUAAUAACAUUGAGCAUUCAAUCGAGGAUGAUAAAAAAGAAAAAGAGAUCCUUUGUCAACGAAAGAGCAUGCUGAUGGGCGAAUUGGAGAAACUUCUUGCUUUAGUAAAACAGAAAGAAAAAGAGAUAGCUGACAAUGAUUCUGAUUUAAAAGCAGUAGAGCAUAAGAUAAAUAAUGUUGUCUCUGGAUUUAAAGAGAUUCAGUCAACCAUUGACGUGAAGAAUGAUAAAUUGCAAUCUGAACUUGCUCAAGUGAAAUUAGAGACUGAAACUUUGUCACUGAAGAAAGACGAAAUUGAUAACUUUCUGGUUAGGGAAGAAGGAAUGGGAGCAAAACUUAGGGAAUUUGCUAGGGUUUCUGAGGAGGAAGCUAAAGGAUACACGAAAAUAGUCAAAUUAAGAAGAAGUUUGAUGUCAUAUAUAUUGAAGUCUGGGGAGGAUAAACUGAGACUUACAAACAACGAGGAAAAGCUUUCUGGAGACGUGAAAUUGUUUCAACAGGAGGUUUCUGCUGCCAGAGCUUCCUUGCAGGAACUAUCUUCAAAAAAGUCGAGCAUCCAGCAAGAUAUAGCAUCCUUGAAGCAGAGGAUUAUCUUCAUAGAUAAGAGAGUCCCAGAACUUGAAGCAGAAAAGAAAGUUGCUACUGCUGCAAGAAAUUUCAAGGAAGCUGCCCGAAUAGCUAGUGAGGCUAAAUCACUGUGUGUUGAAAAAGAGAAUAUCCAGAUGGAAAUGGAUACGGCCACUUCAAAUUUGGAAAAGCUUGAGGAUGAAAUUAAAGGCACCUUUGAUAAAUUGCAGGAGACUGAGGGAAUGAUCUUAUUGAAGGAGAAAGAGUUAGCAAUGGCUAAAUAUCAAAUGCUACUUUUGACAGCUGCUACUGCUAGAGCUGAAAAAAAGGCUGCCCAAGAAAUGGGUGAUGCAGAAGAAGCUAAUCUCCUUCUUGCAGAAGCUGAGGCAGCUGACUGUGAAGCCGAGAGAAUUCGAUCAACAUACAAUUUCAAAGUGGAAGACGUUUCAAAUUUACCAAAAGAUUUGAUUUCAAUGGACCUUGUAUCAAUUAUUGAUCAAAAACAAUUGGAAAAAUUAGCUAUCACUUCAUCUGUUUAG